AACCCGGAUAUUUAUACGGAGUUUAUGCAGUUUCGUGCUGCAAGUAUCAUGUUUGUUUAAAACAGUCUUGCAUGUUUUGUUUUUUAUUCAAAAUAAUUAAAGAGGAUUGGAGCUAUUUUGUAGCAUUUGUGGAUAUAUCGCAUGUUGCAACGCGUUUAGCUUAUAUAAAGACGUAGAAAAACAGGUGCUGCAGCCAGGUGAAUGUUGGGAGUCCGAGCCCUGUUUGGCAUUGGUCUUCUUGUGACGUCACGAGGGGGCUCUGUCCUGACACACACAGGAGCAUGUACACGUAUUUCCAAUAACAUCUACAGGAAAGAUCUCACUCACAGACCAGCCUGCACUAUGGCUAAUACAAUCAAAUACUUGGGACAAGAGGAAGCUCAGCACAUUGAUGAAGAACUGUUCAACGAGUACAGCUUCAGCGUGGAUCAGUUAAUGGAGCUGGCUGGCCUUAGCUGUGCCACUGCUGUGUCAAAGGGCUAUCCUGUACAGUCUCUGCCCAAGACCCCACCCAGAGUGUUGGUCAUCUGUGGGCCAGGAAAUAAUGGAGGAGAUGGACUGGUCUGUGCAAGACAUCUCAAAUUGUUUGGAUAUGAGCCAUCUGUGCUGUACCCGAAGCGCUCCAACAAACCGCUCUUUCAGAAUCUUACCACCCAGUGUGAGAAGAUGGAUAUUUCCUUCCUGACUGAGAUGCCUGAGGCUGAUGUGAUAGAUGAAGCCUAUAAUCUGGUGAUCGAUGCCAUUUUUGGAUUCAGUUUUAAGGGGGCCGUGCGAGAGCCAUUCGGUGAAAUUCUUUCCCAACUGAAGAAAAUCACAGUGCCCAUUGCUAGCGUUGACAUACCUUCAGGCUGGGAUGUAGAGAAUGGCUCUCCUCAUGGGAUUCAGCCAGACAUGCUCAUCUCCCUCACUGCCCCCAAAAAAGCGGCCCAUCACUUCAAAGGACGCUAUCACUUUCUGGGAGGACGAUUCGUUCCUCCUGCUCUUGAAAAGAAGUAUGAGCUGAAUCUUCCUCAGUAUCCAGGCACUGACUGUGUGCAUCAGCUUAACUGAACAAUAAACUCUAGAUUGAUAACUGUAUGAUAUUUCACUAAGAACAGUUUUGAGUUCUCAUACUGAUUUAAUAGUUAUGGCCUUGGUGAUUGAUCAGUGUCAUGUUUAGAGGAAUCAAUUGUAAAACUCUGUUGCCAAGGAUUGUACAUGUU